ACACUCUCUCUCUCUCUCACUCACUCACCAUUGAAAUUGCAUUGCAUUUAACAACAUCAACUUGGGUUUUUGUCUUAGUAUCAAUAUAUCAUAGAGUGAGCGAGUGUGUGUGUCCCCCACCUCCAUGUGCUUCUAAAGCUGCUUCCGUUGUUCCGGGUCUUCAUGUUUCACUUCUACUUUAAGUUUACAACUUCUCCUCAAUUCUAAUCUUGUGUUCCCCAUUUGGAUAGAGAGUCAUACUCACACAACACAAAGAUCAUGGGAGUGGAUUUAAGGCAAGUGGUGGCUGGUGUGCUUACCCUCACAAUGUUCGUCAUGCUUAUACAUAUGAUCAAAAGGGACCAUUUUGAUGCGGUUCAAGAUAAACUUCCUGGAACAGAGGAUGUCAGUUUUGAUAAUGCAAACUUUGAGACUACUCAUGUUAGAAAGAAUAUAGGGAUUUGGAAGGGAGAUGCUGAUGAGUUAAAACCAUGCUGGGUUAAGCCAUCUGAAGACAACAUGGAGCAGAGUGAGGGAUUUGUUACUUUUUCGCUAACUAAUGGCCCAGAGUACCAUAUAUCUCAGAUAGCAGAUGCAGUGCUUGUUGCCCGUAGUCUUGGGGCAACACUUGUCAUCCCUGAAAUUAGAGGAAGUCAACCAGGUGACAAGAGGAACUUUGAGGACAUUUAUGAUGUUGAUGUGUUCACGAAAAGCAUGGAAGGAGUGAUCAGAGUGGUUAAGGAUCUUCCUGCUCAUAUAUCAACACAUAAAAUUGCUGCAGUGAAGGUCCCUAAUCGGGUUACAGAAGACUACAUAGCUAAACAUGUUGAACCUAUUUACAGAUCCAAGGGGAAUGUAAGGCUUGCUACUUACUUUCCUUCAAUAAACAUGAGAAAAUCUGGGGAAAAAGGUGAUGCGGAUUCUCUUGCAUGCUUAGCAAUGUAUGGAAGCUUAGAGUUGCAGCAAGAAAUGCAUGACCUUGUUGACUCAAUGGUUCAAAGACUUAGGACUUUAAGCCGAAAGUCUGACGGCCAAUUUAUAGCUGUGGAUUUGAGGGUUGAGAUGUUGGAUAAGAAGGGUUGCCAAGGAAGUGAUAGUGGUAAAGAGAAGAGCUGCUUCAACGCUCAAGAGGUUGCAAUGUUUCUGAGGAAGAUUGGUUUUGACAAGGAUACUACAAUCUAUGUGACACAAUCAAGGUGGGAUGGAAGCCUUGAUUCUCUUAAAGAUUUGUUCCCUAAAACUUAUACAAAGGAAGCCAUCAUUCCCGCAGAUAGGAAGAAAAAGUUCCUAGAUUCUGAAGAUUCUGAGUUGGAGAAAGUGAUUGACUUUUACAUUAGUUCUGAGAGUGAUGUUUUUGUACCAGCAAUUUCAGGUCUAUUUUAUGCAAAUGUAGCUGGUAAGAGAAUUGGUUCUGGUAAAACCAAUAUACUUGUUCCGGCUAAUAUUCCCGAUUCUUCUGCUACUGCCUCAAGUUUCUUGUCCCAUUAUGUCUCCAAGAAAAACCACUUUGCCUAUUCUUGUUACUGUUAGUUUGAAGAUAAAGACAUUCUAGCAUCCGGUAGCAAAUGUUGUGUCCCCAUUGUUUUGGGAAUUUCAGUGUUAUGGCCUAAGGCCUUUUGUUUGAGUGUUCACCAAAAAUUGAAGUUACCGUCAUUUGAGGCAUGUACAUGGGGCUUUCUGAACUCAUAUUUAGUUUGUAAAAUUAUGGCUGCCCCAUAUUUAUUUUUCAUAACUGGUGAAACAAUUGAUAGUUCAUUCAUUUUCUUGAUUUAGUGCA